AUGUCAGGUAGCAGCCAACAUACAAUCAAAUACAACUCAAAUAAUUUUGAUACUAAAAAGAACGUUAGAUGUUUUAAAUGCAAACGAUUUGGGAAUUACAAAAAUAAAUGUCGUUUUAAUACUGUGAAUAAUGAGCCUAAUAAAAAUGCAUUUAGCAUAGCUUUUUUAACUGGUACAUACAACAAAACAGACUGGUACUUUGAUUCGGGGCCCAGUAUUCAUCUUGUGAAUGACAGUAACAGUUUAAGAGAAUACAACAAGAAACCUGAUGUGCAGGAAGUAAGGACAGCUAAUAAUAUGCAAAUAAAGGUAGUGUCUUGUGGCAGCGUUUCUCUUAAAACAAAGUUUUAUGGUCAAGUUUUUUAUGUUGAUGUACAAGAUGCCCAUUAUGUGCCACAAUUGGCAGCUAAUUUAUUAUCUGUUAGCUCUCUUACCAGAAAGUAUAAUAAUGUCAUAUUUAUUGGUAAUGAGUGUAAAAUUUACAACAAAACUAACACUUUGGUUGCAGUGGCAUUACUCACAGGUGAAGUGUUUGAACUCAUAAUAAAUAACAUUAAUUGUUUGCUAGUUGCAGAUCCUAAAUCAGGAAAUGUAAGGCAUAAACGGUUAAGUCAUAUAAAUAAAACGGACUUGUGUAAUUGA